AUGGAUUUGUAUGUUGAAUGUGGUACGUCUAAUGUUGUUCAUGUUUGUACCCCUGCUGGAACGAAGAUAUGGAUUCCAUGUUGUGAUAGUGAAAUUAGACCAACUAUAGGUAAGAAAUUUUCAAAACUUGAUGAAGCUGGGUUUAAAGAAAAACGAAAUAAUGUGGUGACAAAGAAAGUUGAUAGUAUCGGGGAAGAAGAUGAUCAUUUUAUAGGUGAUAUGAAUGUUGAAGAAGUGGUUGUUGGUCAAGAUAAAGAAGACUAUGAUUGUCAAGAAGCGAAUACUCCUAUGGUUAAAAGAAGAUUGUCUACUCGAGUUGGUUGUAAGGCAAAGAUGAUUUUAAAGUAUUGCGAAAAUGGAGGUUACAUUGUUUCUAAUUUUGAAGAAGGGCAUACUCAUCAUAUGUAUUCAUCCGAGAACUCUCAUUUUCAGAAGUCCAAAAGAAAGCUGACAAUGUUUCAUAAGAAAAUGAUAAUUGAUAAUUCAAAGGUGAAUAUUGGUCAUGUCAAGACAUACAGAAUGGUGAAGGAAUAUGUUGGUGGGUAUGAGAAUAUAGGUGAUAGUAGGAAUGACUUCAAAAAUUUUCAUAGAGAUUUGAAGGCGUAUAUUGAAGGAUCGGACGCCCAGAUGUUUGUUGAUAAUUUUAAGAGGAAAAAGUUGAUGUGGUCGGCUUAUUUUUUUUAUUACGAAAUGGAUGAAGACGACUGCCUAUGUAGAGCUUUAUGGGCAGAUCCUAUUUGCCGGAGAAAUUAUGUCGUAUUUGGUGAUAUGCUCUCGUUUGAUACAACCUACCAAAGCAACAGGUAUCAUAGUGUUAUUUUUAAAGUUUUUUGA